AUGAAGCAAAGUUCACUAUUAAGCUUUUUUGGAAAUGUGUAGAGAAGGAAAAGAGAAGAGAUGGAGAAGGAAUAGGCCUAAAACGAUAAUAAAAUUGCUGAAUCCACUCAAAUUUCUUUAUCUACAUAAAAGAGCAAUAAAGAAGUUAAGGAAAUUUCUACUUGUGAUGAUACAGAAGUAGCAAAUUCAAGCGUUUAGGGUACCAGAAAAAGUAAUUUAAAACGUCCUAAAUUGGCAAUAGAUUCUGAUGAAGAUGAUGUUUUUAAUCCAGAAGAUUUAAAAUAAUUUUCUCAUACUAGCCCUUAGAAAAAUAGCUAGAAAAAAGGAAUAAGGUUUUAAAAAAAUGAUAUGAUUGAUGAAGAUAAUGAUGAUGAAUCUUUUAAGGAAGAUGAUAUAGAAGACAUUGAAGAUGAAGAAGAUGAUGAUGAUUUUAUUGAAGAUAGUGAUGAAGAAGUUAAGCCUAAACGCAAACAAAAACAAAGUUAGUAAAAAACACCUGUCAAGAAAACUGGUUCAGCUUCAAAAGCAGGAGCAACAAAGAGUACUCCCAAAUUUGGAUAAGAAAGUGCUAAAAAAUCAGCAACUAAAUAAAGUACAGCUAAAAAAGCAGAAGAUGAGUUUAUAAAUUGUGAUUAAGAAAAUGAUUUAGCAAGAGCUGCUGUAGAUUAAUUAGAUGACACUACUCCCUAUUUUGCGCUACCAGAAAAUGCUAUGGAUUCAAAGAAAAGAAAGAGGACGGAUCCUAAUUAUGAUCCUACUACUCUUUACGUACCUCCAGAGUCGUUAAAGUAAUUCACACCUGUUAUGAGAUAAUACUGGGAAAUUAAGUCUACUAAUUUUGAUAAAAUUCUUUUUUUUAAGCUAGGUAAAUUCUAUGAACUCUUUUACGAAGAUGCCUUAAUUACCCAUAAAGAGUUAGAUCUUAAUUGGAUGGGUAAAAAAAUGCAUACAGGUUUUCCUGAAAAAGCUUUGGAUAAAAUGGCUUCUAAGCUAAUUAGUUUAGGAUAUAAAGUAGCCGUAGCUGAACAAACAGAAACUCCUGAGCAGAUGAAAUAGCGUUUAAUGAGGGAAAAAAGUGGACCUAAGUGUGUUUCGAGAGAAUUAGUAUAGGUUAUGACAAAAGGUACUUAUGAUUAAAAUAACGAAACUGACUACCAGCCAAGAUAUUUAAUGUCAUUAAGAAAUUUCUAAACAAAAUUUGGUAUAAUUAUAGUUGAAAGUUCAACAAACGUUAUAACUGUCGCUUACUUAAAUGAUGACAUACAUUUUACACAAUUUAAAACAUUACUUUGUCAGGUUAAACCUUAAGAAAUUGUUUAUGAUCCAGACAAUAUGACUCAUGAUAUUAAAAAAAUCAUUUAAUCAGGCUAUUUAGCUCCUUAAUUAUCUCCCCUUUAAAAUAAAAAUGAUAACUGGAAUAAAGGAAUGGCUUAUAAUCAUCUAGAUAAAACACACGGUGAUGUUCUAGAAGGCAAGUGGCCUAAAUUGCUAAAUAAUUUGUACAAUACUGAAGAAACGAAGAGAGAUCUUAUAUUUGAAUCUAUGGCAGGACUUUUUAAUUAUUUAAAAUCUAUUUUAAUUUUAGAUUAAGUUAUUUCAGUUGCCAGAUAUCAAAUUUAUGAUAUUGAGAAGGGUGUUAGAAGCUGUAUGAUUUUAGACAGCUAGUCUCUAUAGCACUUAGAAAUAUUAGACUCUUCAAGCGGGCCAGUAAGCACUUAGAAAGAAAAUUAUAAGCUACAUUUCGAUGAUGGAUCACUACUUGGUUAUAUAAACAAAACAAAAACUCCAUUUGGUUAUAGAAUGCUUAAGAAUUGGAUUUGUGCUCCUUUAAUGGAUAUUAACAAAAUUUAUGAUAGGUAUGAUGCUAUUGAAGAUCUUUAAAAGUUUAAUUCUGAGAGAGAUACCUUCCUCAGAGGUAUUGAAAAGCUUCCAGAUCUUGAAAAAAUGUGUGGUAGAAUAUACAAGUAUUCCAUCAGACAAUAAAAUUAAAAUGUAGUUUAUUUUGAAGAUUUCUCAUAUUCUCGUUUAAAAGAGUUUAAAGAUUUAACAACUAAAUUGGCAGAAUCAGAAAAGCUCAUUAAAACCCAUCUUACUCCUUUUGCUGACUAGUUUAAGAGUAAAAGACUGAGAAAAUUGGUAACCCCAAACACCAUUGACCACGAAGAUGAAGAAGAGUAUGAAUUACCUGCUAUGAUUUACCAUGGCUAUUCAGAUGAAGAAGAUGAGGUUGAAGAAAAUAUAAACUAGCAUGCAGCAAAAGCAGAAAAGAUGGAAAUAGAAAAUAAACAAAGUAAAAAAUCUAAAAGUUCUGGUUUACUUCCACCUGCUUCUAAAUAUAUAUAAGAAUUCUAAAAUUAUAUUGUCUGGUAAGGUCCUAAGGGCUAGGAAAAACCUUUACCUAAAAAAGGGUUAGUUAAUUCAUAUGAUUUAGCCACAGAAGCUGUUUAGAAUGUCGAGAAAAAACUUUAAAAUUACUUAGUUUAAAUCUAAUAGCAAAUGAAAGACAAAACUAUUAAAUAUGGCUUGAGAUAUGAAUUAGAAAUAAAUGAAGAUUUAGUUAAAGGAAAUAAAAAACCUAAAAACUUUGAUUUCACAAGUAAAGCAGGCAAAUAUCAAAGAUUCUAAACAAAAGAAUUGCGUGAACUCAUAGCUGAGCUCGAUGAAGCUGAAGAUGUUCAAAAAAAAGAACUCAAAGAAUUUUGCAGAUUCAUUUUCAAAGAGUUCUAUGAAAGCUAUAAAACAUGGGAUACCUUAAUUAAUAUUCUUGCAGAAUUAGAUUGCUUAAUAAGCUUAAGCAGAGUAAGUUUCUUGCUUGCUGAUGGAGUUAUGAGCAGACCUGAAUUAUAUCCUGCUUCUGAAAAAUAUGUACCAUUCAUUGAGUUAACCUCUGGAAGACAUCCAUGCUUAGCUUCGAUGGGAGUUAACUUUAUCCCUAACGAUAUUUAUCUUGGUGACAUAAAAUAGACAGGACAGUUUGAAGACAAUAAGAACUUGAUUCUUUUAACAGGUCCUAACAUGGGUGGUAAAUCUACAACUUUGAGAAUGGCUUGUGUAAUGGCAAUUUUAGCUUAAAUUGGAUGUUAUGUACCUGCUAAAUCUUUGAGAAUGACAUUGGUAGAUCGUAUAUUCACUCGUAUUGGUGCAAGUGAUAAAUUGAUGGAUGGAAAAAGUACUUUCUUCAUUGAAAUGGAAGAAACAUCAAAUGCAGUCAAGUAAGGUUCAAAGCAUUCUUUGAUUAUUAUGGAUGAAUUAGGAAGAGGUACUUCCACUUUUGAUGGAGUUGCCAUUGCAUACUCUAUAGUAAGAUACUUGGUAGAAAAUUUACAAAGUCGUUGUUUAUUUGCUACUCAUUAUCAUGUAUUACUUGAUGAAUUUAGACAUUAUCCAUAAAUAGCAUAUUAUCACAUGGCAUGUCAUGUUGAUGAGAAGAGAAGUAAAGUCAUAUUUUUAUAUAGAUUAAAAGCAGGAGAAUGUUCAUCUAGUUUUGGUAUAAAUGUUGCAAAGGUUGUUGGUAUAAGCGAUAAUUUGAUUGAAAUUGCAAAGUAAAAAGCUAAAGAAUUUGAAGAAAAUUUAAAUAUUUAGCAUGCUUACAACACAAAUAAGCGUUUUGGAAUUUUGAUGAAAGCAAUCUAAGAAUAUGAUAGAGAUGAAAAUUUGGAAUAAAUUAUUGAAUAAUUUAAUAAAGUUUAACUUUUAUGA